UGCUUCUUCAUCUUCCUCGCGCUCACCAUGUCCGUCUGGUCGGGGGAGCACGGCCCGGUCACGCGGUGGCCGUUCUACACGUACCUGUGCGGCGCCAUGUUCUGCCUGCUGAUGAGCAGCGGUUGCCAUCUGCUGGCGUGCCACUCGGAGCAUGCCACCUACGUGCUGCUCCGGCUCGACUACGCCGGCAUCACCGGCCUUAUCGUCACCUCCUUCUACCCGGUCGUCUACUACACCUUCCUCUGUGACCCCUUCUCCCGUACACUCUACCUUGGCUCCAUCACCAUCUGCGGCGCGGCCGCUGUGGCUGUCUCGCUGCUGCCGGUCUUCCAGGCACCUGAUCUGCGGUGGGCGCGCGCUGCGCUAUUCGCGUGCAUGGGCGCGUCCGGCAUCGUGCCAAUCGUGCACAAGAUGCUCAUGUUCCAUGCACGACCCGAGGCGGUGCUCACGACUGGUUACGAGGUGGUCAUGGGGGCGUUCUACCUUGCCGGCGUGUUGGUUUACGCCACAAGGGUGCCGGAGAGGUUUAUGCCAGGAAUGUUUGACCUCGUCGGGCAUAGCCACCAGCUGUUCCACGUGCUAGUCAUUGCCAGCGCUUACGCGCACUACCAUGCUGGCCUGGUUUACUUGAGUUGGCGGGACAGGGACCAGUGCUGA